CUCGUGGGCACCCUGGAUGUGGUGCUGGACUCCAGCGCCCGCGUGGCCCCUUACCGCAUCCUGCACCAGACCCAGGACUCGCAGGUCUACUGGACAGUGGCAUGCGGUUCUUCCCGCAAAGAGAUCACAAAACACUGGGAAUGGCUGGAAAAUAACUUGCUCCAGACGCUGUCCAUCUUUGACAAUGAGGAAGAUAUCACCACCUUCGUCAAGGGCAAGAUACAGGGCAUCAUCGCGGAAGAGAACAAGAACCUGCAGCCCCAGGGAGAUGAGGACCCUGGGAAGUUCAAGGAGGCUGAGCUGAAGAUGCGGAAGCAGUUUGGGAUGCCUGAGGGCGAGAAGCUGGUCAACUACUACUCCUGCAGCUACUGGAAGGGCCGCGUGCCACGGCAGGGCUGGCUCUACCUGACCGUCAACCACCUGUGUUUCUACUCCUUCCUGCUGGGGAAGGAAGUGAGCCUUGUGGUGCAGUGGGUGGAUGUCACACGGCUGGAGAAGAAUGCCACCCUGCUCUUCCCCGAGAGCAUCCGUGUGGACACCCGGGACCAGGAGCUCUUCUUCUCCAUGUUCCUCAACAUUGGUGAGACCUUCAAGCUCAUGGAGCAGUUGGCCAACCUGGCCGUGCGGCAGCUGCUGGACAGCGACGACUUCCUGGAGGACAAGCCCCUGCCCAGGCCCAUCCGGCCGCACAGGAACAUCUCGGCUCUGAAGCGAGAUCUGGACGCCCGCGCCAAGAAUGAGUGCUACCGGGCCACCUUCCGGCUGCCCAGGGAUGAGCGGCUGGAUGGCCAUACGGGCUGCACCCUGUGGACACCAUUCAACAAACUGCACAUCCCUGGCCAGAUGUUCAUCUCCAACAACUACAUCUGCUUCGCCAGCAAGGAGGAGGACGCAUGCCACCUCAUCAUACCCCUGAGGGAGGUGACCAUUGUCGAAAAAGCCGACAGCUCCAGUGUCCUUCCCAGCCCUCUGUCCAUUAGCACCAAGAGUAAAAUGACCUUCCUGUUUGCUAACCUGAAAGACCGUGAUUUCUUGGUCCAGAGGAUCUCUGAUUUCCUCCAGAAAACACCGUCCAAGCAGCCAGGCAGCAGCAUCGGGGGGAGGAAAGCCAGCGUUGUGGACCCAGCCCCAGAGUCUUCCCCAGCUCCUCAGGAGGUGUUGGAACAGCCCACCAGCCCGUCCUCUCCCCUCAGCAGCCACCAGAGCUUCUGUGCACAGGAAGUACCAACCGCUUCUCAGGGCCUGCUCAAACUCUUCCAGAGAGACCCAUCCAUGGAGGAUCUCGGAGCAAAGGGGGCCAAGGAGAAGAUGAAAGAGGAGUCAUGGAACAUCCACUUCUUCGAGUACGGACGUGGCAUGUGCAUGUACCGCACAGCCAAAACCCGGGAGCUGGUCCUGAAGGGCAUCCCUGAGAGCCUCCGAGGAGAGCUGUGGCUUCUCUUCUCUGGGGCCUGGAAUGAGAUGGUAACUCACCCCGGCUACUAUGCUGAGCUGGUGGAGAAGUCCAUAGGGAAGUACAGCCUGGCCACGGAGGAGAUUGAACGAGACCUCCAUCGCUCAAUGCCUGAGCACCCCGCCUUCCAGAACGAGCUCGGGAUUGCUGCACUCCGGCGGGUGCUGACUGCCUAUGCUUUCCGAAACCCCACCAUCGGCUACUGCCAGGCGAUGAACAUCGUGACCUCAGUGCUCCUGCUCUAUGGCAGCGAGGAGGAAGCCUUCUGGCUCCUGGUGGCCCUCUGCGAGCGUAUGCUGCCUGACUACUACAACACCAGGGUGGUGGGAGCCCUGGUGGACCAAGGCAUCUUCGAAGAGCUCACAAGGGACUUCCUGCCCCAGCUCUCGGAGAAGAUGCAGGACCUGGGAGUAAUCUCCAGCAUCUCGCUGUCCUGGUUCCUGACCCUCUUCCUCAGUGUCAUGCCCUUCGAGAGUGCCGUUGUCAUUGUUGACUGCUUCUUCUAUGAGGGCAUCAAGGUGAUCUUGCAGGUGGCCUUGGCCGUCCUGGACGCCAACAUGGAGCAGCUGCUGAGCUGCAGUGAUGAGGGCGAGGCCAUGACCGUCCUGGGCAGAUACCUGGAUAAUGUGGUCAAUAAGCAGAGUGUUUCUCCUCCUAUUCCACACCUCCAUGCCUUGCUGACCAGUGGAGAUGACCCUCCUGAGGAGGUGGACAUCUUUGACCUCCUGAAAAUGUCCUACGAGAAAUUCAGCAGCCUGAGGGCAGAUGACAUCGAACAGAUGCGAUUUAAACAGAGGCUCAAAGUGAUCCAGUCCUUGGAGGACACGGCCAAGAGGAGCGUGGUCCGAGCCAUACCAGUGGACAUUGGUUUCUCAAUUGAAGAGCUGGAGGACCUUUAUGUGGUGUUUAAGGCCAAGCACCUGGCGAGUCAGUACUGGGGAAACAGCCGCACGGCAGCCGUCCGUCGGGACCCCAGCCUGCCCUACCUGGAGCAGUACCGGAUCGAUGUGAGCCAGUUCCGGGAACUUUUUGCCAGCCUGACACCCUGGGCCUGCGGCUCCCACAUGCCUGUGCUGGCAGGGCGCAUGUUCCGGCUCCUGGACAAAAACAAGGACUCGCUGAUCAACUUCAAGGAAUUCGUGACAGGGAUGAGUGGGAUGUACCACGGGGACCUGACAGAGAAGCUCAAGGUACUCUACAAACUGCACCUUCCGCCAGCUCUGACCCCGGAGGAAGCUGAGUCAGCCCUGGAGGCCACCCAUUAUUUCACGGAGGACAGCUCCUCUGAAGCAUCUCCUCUGGCCUCAGAACUGGAUCUUUUCCUGCCCUGGGAGGCUCAAGAAGCACUACCGCAGGAAGAGCGAGACGGAAGUGGAAAUGAAGAUGUCCAAGAAAAAAGAGGAGAGGAGAAGGGAAGCAGCCCUCCAGACUAUCGGCACUAUCUUCGAAUGUGGGCCAAGGAGAAAGAGACUCAAAAGGAGACGAUCAAGGACCUUCCCAAGAUGAACCAGGAGCAGUUCAUCGAGCUGUGCAAGACACUUUACAAUAUGUUCAGUGAAGACCCCAUGGAGCAGGACUUGUACCAUGCCAUCGCCACGGUGGCCAGCCUGCUCCUCCGCAUCGGCGAGGUGGGGAAGAAGUUUUCAGGCCAGACAGGCAAGAAGCCCAGGGAUGAUGCCCACAGUGGGGACCACAAUGGUGCCAAAGAAGAUGAGCCACCAGCAUCUGAACCCCAUCAGGAUCCAGUGCAGGAGCUUCAGCCACCAGCUACAGGGGACCCCCAGGCCAAAGCCGGCGGAGACACCCACCUUGGGAAAGUGCCACAGGAAAGUCAGAUGGUGGUUGAGGGGGGCAGUGGUGAGGGGCAGGGCUCACCCUCCCAGCUGCUGUCUGAUGAUGAAACCAAAGACGAUAUGUCCAUGUCCUCAUACUCGGUGGUCAGCACGGGCUCUCUGCAGUGCGAGGACCUCGCAGACGACACAGUGCUGGUGGGUGGGGAGGCCCGCAGCCCCACGACCACUGCACGUGUUGGGGGCACCGUGGACACCGACUGGUGCAUCUCCUUUGAGCAGAUUCUGGCCUCCAUCCUGACAGAGUCCGUGCUGGUGAACUUCUUUGAGAAGAGAGUGGACAUUGGACUCAAGAUCAAGGACCAAAAGAAAGUGGAGAGACAGUUUAGCACCUCUAGUGACCAUGAGCAGCCUGGGGUCUUGGGCUGACCUCUGCAGCUGAACAUCUCUGUCUGAGGCAUCAGAAGUGGGGCUGGCCUCUCAUCUUUUCUCCCUUUCUGCUUUCUCUUUAAAGACACACCCCUCCAGUUCUCCCGCAGAAGCAGCAAGUCGUAAGUGGAAAGAAGACUGAUGCAGACACAGUUGCCUUAGACGGAUUCCCUGGCCUGCAUCUCCUGGCACCAGCUGCUCCUGGGGCCCAGGAGGAGGCUCAUCGCUGCCAUCUUCCUCUUUGCCCAGUGGGAACCCACCUCGAGCCCGGCCACCCCUUGCGUAGUGUUAGAGGCUCUCAGAUCUGUCCCUGCUUGCCUCAUGCCUCUGCGCCCAUGCUGUGGCCAGGCCACACCGGGUCUUUCCUGCCAUUUGGCACCAGGUAGGGGAGUCAUGUGCUUGUUGGGCACCAAAGUGAUGGAACCUCUGAGGUGCUCUCAGGAGCCCUUGAGCCUGAGAGCCUCCUGACUGAGGAACACAGGCAGAAGACAUCUGUUG